AGCCUCGAAAGGAAACAACCAGUUUGUUUUGACUUAAUCUCUGUGUAAACCGUCGCGUGUUGUGAGUGAUAAUAAGGCUAGCCGUCGUUGCGCUACUGCUCCUCGUAGACGUACAAUUUUUUAGUGAAUGUUUAUCGAGUCUCCUCCUCAUCUUUUAUCUUGGGAACGAUGCUGCACUGAUGCUGCACUGCUCCCCCCGGUCUCUGUAAUCCGGCACCCGGGAACAUCCGGGCGGCGGGCACCAUGCAUGCCCUGUUCGGCGACCAGAACGCCUAUUACGGCCGACAGACCGGCUACGGACCCGUACCGGCCGGGCCCGGACACAAUCCGUACUCCACCUACGAAAACUACGCGCGAUACGGAUAUCCGGGUCCCUAUGCUCACCAACAGUCUCUCCACCAUGGACCGUCCAAAGACAUGGUUAAGCCUCCUUACUCGUACAUAGCUCUUAUCGCAAUGGCUAUACAGAAUGCACCUGAUAAACGGUGUACGCUAAACGGUAUCUAUCAGUUCAUAAUGGAACGGUUUCCGUACUACCGCGAGAACAAGCAGGGAUGGCAGAACUCCAUCAGGCAUAAUUUGAGUCUCAACGAGUGUUUUGUCAAGGUGCCGAGAGACGACAAAAAACCAGGCAAAGGCAGUUACUGGACACUGGACCCUGACUCCUACAACAUGUUCGACAACGGCUCCUACCUGCGUCGCCGGCGACGCUUCAAGAAAAAGGACGCCCUCAGGGAGAAGGAGGAGGCGCUGAAGCGACAACAGCAGCAGCAGAGUGACUCGCAGAAGGACAAGCUUGGUCUCAGUGUGGAUGUGAAGCCGAAGCCGUCUGUCAGUCCGCUCGAGUGCAAACCCAAGCGGGAGCCAUCGGUGGCACUCAGUGCUUGCAGCAAGUACUUGCACCAGCAGCAGCACCCCUCCGCCCACCACUUGCAAGCUGACAUCAAGCCUGAUCAGAUGGAGGUGGCCGGUUUCACGGUGGACAGCCUGAUGACAGCGGGCUAUCACCACCAUCACCACCACCACCACCGAGGGGCGGCGGCUGGUGUCCAAGGGGGUGGCAACGCAGCACUAACAGCCGCCGCCGCCUACGGUGCCUACUGCCAGUACGACGAUCACCAUCCACACCACCCCCAGUCACAACUGCCGCCUCCACGACACUCGGCCGACGCUGCACCGACACUUGGCCGACACGCCACCGACACCACGCCGACACUCGGCCGACAUUCGACCGACACUCCGCCGACGACGCUUGGCAGACAUCCGCACCAUCCCGCGUGGUAUGGAGGCGGGACGGAUGUGCCGCCUCCGGAGCUGUUCGUUGACGCCGUGCCACCAAAUCCCAGCUGCCAGCUGGGCAGCUCUUUCAGGGCUGCAGCAGCUGUAGCAGCCGCUUCAACCGCCAGCUUCUACCAGCAGGAUGCAGCCGUCAAAAUGAAACGCCGAGACGUGAGCGAGGAGGUGGAAUGCACACCCUGGUUCCGCAACUUCCCCGGUCUGUCGCUGGAGUGACACCUGGACGGGCUGGAGACGCGCUGGAAGCGUCAGGAGGCCGUCACCGACUGGACGGGGGGCGGAGGCAGCAGUGGAGCCAGUAGCGGAGGCGGUAUAGUGGGAGAUCUCAGCAGCGCACCGCGACAGCACUGCGUCGAGAUCAUUCGAAUCGACGGUUUCGAUCCUAAAACGUCGAUCAGAUUGGACGUUCAUGAGCCGAAACCGCAGUUGGGGGAUCAGGAGAUGAGUGAUACUAUGUGAGGUGAUCUGUUGGUCAACGAUUAUCGACGUUCAACGAUCGUCGAACAUCAUCGAUGUUAUCGAAAUCAUUCUGAUAUUAUCGAAGAGACAAAGAUCAUGGGAAGAAAAGAGUUUAGCUUCGCAAUAAAUUUUGAAAUCGUAACCUUAUUGGCUUCAUGGAUCAAGGCUUACAGUCAGCGUUUGGACUCGAUUGCCCGAUACUCAACCGAAGUUAGUUCAUCGCAGAAUAAUCUACUUUAUAAGAAGAAGAUUUCGUUCAGUGUCGAUUGCCCGAUACUGGACUGGAGCUAGUUGAUCGAAGAUAAACUAUCAUGUGAAUAUACCGGGAAACCCAAGUUAGACCACGUGUCUAAAGUACGGUUAGUAGUUGAUCAUGAGAAUAGUGUUGCCAUGUCACUUAAUCAGGUUCAACAAUCUCCCCGAUUUUAUAGUGAGCUAUUGCUGGAAUAAAAAGAGACUAUGGAAAGAGAAAAAUUUGAAUCCAACAAUAACAUUUCAAAAAGCCUCACGGAUUGAAUCCAGGUUUACAAACUUGAACGGCAGUUAGGUCAUCAGGAGUUAACUGAUGUGAUGUAAUCACUUUGAACAAUUAAUUACGACAUAGCAGUCAGGU